UAGGACUGUAAAGCUGGAAGAGCCUUAGUCAUCUUGUCCAAAUGCCUCAUUUCACCAGUGAGGAGUUAGAUCAGUAGAGAUGGAGUAACUUCUCAAUGCCACAGAGUGUGGUUAAUCAUCAUGAAACCCCGUAUAAGUUCAAAGGAUUGAGACAAAACUUGGCUGGAUGAUAGAAGCAAAAGGGCCCAAGUUCUGCUUCCAACCUUUUCCCUUUUACUGUGGGCAUAAACCUUUAACAUCUGUAGACAAGGUUCCUCACUUCGGAAGUGACAUCUGCCCUGCCUGUCUAAUAGGACUCCUCCUGUGGUCAAAAGGAGGAAGUUAACAUCCCCAACAGGCGGGUUCUGAUUACUGGUGCCACUGGGCUUCUUGGCAGAGCUGUUUACAAAGAAUUUCAGCAGAAUAAUUGGCAUGCCGUUGGCUGUGGUUUUAGAAGAGCAAGACCAAAAUUUGAGCAGGUUAAUCUCUUGGAUUCUAGUGCAGUUCAUCACAUCAUUUAUGAUUUUCAGGCUACAGUUCUUCUGUUUUAUUCCUUUUUGGGUUAAAAACACAUCCAUGCUGAACUCCCAGCCCCAUGUCAUAGUACAUUGUGCAGCAGAGAGAAGGCCAGAUGUUGUCGAAAAUCAGCCGGAUGCUGCUUCUCAACUUAAUGUGGCUGCUUCUGGGAACUUAGCAAAGGAAGCAGCUGCAGUUGGAGCAUUUCUAAUCUACAUUAGCUCCGAUUAUGUUUUUGAUGGAAUAAACCCACCUUAUAGAGAGGAAGACAUACCAAGUCCCCUAAAUCUAUAUGGCAAAACAAAAUUAGAAGGAGAAAGGGCUGUGCUGGAGAACAAUUUAGGAGCUGCUGUUUUGAGAAUUCCUGUUCUGUAUGGAGAAGUUGAAAAGCUUGAGGAAAGCGCCGUGACUGUUAUGUUUGAUAAAGUGCAGUUCAGCAACAAGUCUGCGAACAUGGACCACUGGCAGCAGCGGUUCCCCACACACGUCAAAGAUGUGGCCACUGUGUGUCGUCAGUUAGCAGAGAAGAGGAUGCUGGAUCCAUCAAUUAAGGGAACCUUUCACUGGUCUGGCAAUGAACAGAUGACUAAGUAUGAAAUGGCGUGUGCAAUUGCAGACACCUUCAACCUCCCCAGCAGCCACUUAAGACCGAUAACUGACAGUCCUGUCUUAGGAGCCCAACGUCCAAGAAACGCUCAGCUUGACUGCUCCAAAUUGGAGACCUUAGGCAUCGGCCAGCGAACACCGUUUCGAAUUGGAAUCAGGGAAUCGCUCUGGCCUUUCCUCAUUGACAAGAGAUGGAGACAGACGGUCUUUCAUUAGUGUAUGGGUGGUGUUGUUGUUCUUUUUUAAAUGAGAAGUCAAGUAUGUGGCACUUUUUAAAGAAAAAAGGAAAUAGUUUUGUACGAGUGCUCUUUGUGACUCAUGGUCUUUCAGGUAAACGAUGCUCUUGCACUAGUGAAACUGUCUAAGGAAACCAAGGUCAGUAAUGCCCUGUUUGAAGGAAUGAGUUUCCUGUUUAUCAUUUAGUUCUGGCUUAACUUGCUAUUUGAAUAUAGUAAAUUAUGAUUCUCAAACAUUUGAGAGCCAGGAUGAAACACAUCUGCUGCAGACAUUUUCUUGGAUGAAAUGCAUUGUUCAUUCCUAUAAAUAACCUCUGCAUUUUCAGGACUUUUGCAUCUGUUGAUCCUUUUAUGUUUUAAAGUGUGUUAAAUAGUAUAAAAAUCAUUGGUGUCCAUUAUUUGCUUUGCUCGAGCUCAGAUCAAAAUGUUUGAAGAAAGAAACUUUAUUUUUGCAACUUAAGUGUAGUUUUUAUGCUUGAGAUGUUUCAACUUGUUAUGUAUAUUGGAACUCCUGCAGCUUGAUGCCUCCUGCUUUUGUAGCAGUGAAUGGUGGCCUUUGAGAGAGAGAAUGUGUGUAUGUGUAUGUAUUUUUUUAAUAUAUAUGAAACUGUCCUUUUCACUCCAUGUCACUAAGUGAUAUUUCAUAUGUGUGGUUAUACCAAUAGUAAUGGGCCUUGUAAGUCUUUUGACCAUUCAUGAAUAAUAAUAAAUAUGUACUGCUGGCAUGGUAAUGCUUAGUUUUCUUGUAUUUACUUCUCUUUUUUUAAAUGUAAGGACCAGAUAUCUGAACUGUUGUUUUGUUGCUUUAAUUUUUUACAAUUACCUUCUUAUCAUGUAACAUCUGAUGCAUACAAGAGAAUAUAGUUAAUAUACAUUAAGAUAAAAAACACAAUAAUAAAAUGAACCCUGGUGAACAUACCACUUGAAAUC